AUGAGUUAUAAGAUUCAAUUCAAAUAUACAGAAUAUUCUACGUUUGGAAAUUAUGGUGCAUAUCAACAACAGCAACAUCAACAACAAGUUGAAUAUGAACAUCAGCAGCAGCAGCAACAGCAACAACAACAACCAAAAGUAGAUAAUAGAAAGUUACAACAAAAUCAACAAAAGUUUUCAUAUAUAAAUACUCAUGCCCAUAAUGCAAAAUCUACUCCCUUCUUAAUCAUCAAGGUUUACUUUGACAAAAAUGUUAGGACAAAAUGCAAAACUAAAAAUAAU